AUGUCAGACGAAGAUUUGCGUCCCGUCGAGCUCAUGCCGCCAUUUACGCCCAUCACGGCCAUCGAUUCCAAGUUUGUCUUGGCUGACCCCGUGCGCCUCAAGAUCCGCCACCGUCACAACGUGGACGUUGGCGAGUUUAUCAUCCGAGACGAGGUCACGGGCGCGCCGUACUUUAUCAUUGACGACAAAUUCUGGUCUUUACACGACCGCAAAUUCCUUCGGGAUGCGACCGGGGCCGAACUUUUUACUCGCUUCGACGCGACCACUUUCUUUGGCAACGCCGAGGUCAAGUGCGAAUUUCAGGACGUCGUCACGAAGAAGCGCCGCGUCUUUGCGGCCACGGGUGGCGCCGGAUCGUCGGUCGUCCUCUACUGCAAUGGCCGGCCGAUUGCAAAGUGGCUCAAGGAUUGGUCGUUCAGUGACGGCGGCUACGUUUUCUUGGACGUCUCGCCCGGCGUGGACUUGGCGCUCAUUGACACGUACCGCGACCACGGCUUUGGCCACCGACAGGGGCUGGUCGUCAUUUUCGAAAUUCCAGUGUCGACAACGGUAUCCGAUAUGGGCGCGUGUCUGUCGGACGAACCCAUCCCUACACCGCUCCUCGUUGCGCCGCUUUCGCCCAUCACGGCCGUCGACCCGAGAUUCGUCCUCAAGACACCAGUGCGCCUGCACGCUCGCUAUGACUGGUCCAGCGAGGGACCUUUUCGCAUCAAGGACGUUGCGACCGGUGUGCCCUACUUCGUUGUCGACGGUGCGCUUGGGCCGUGCCACAACCGGAAGACGCUGCGCGACGCCAACGGCGUCAAAGUCGCAGUGAUGGACGAGCCGUGGACAUCGGGCGGACGCCGUGACGUGUCGCGCAUCAACGGCAGCGGCGAGGCGUCCCUUGUCUUUAGCUUUGACACGACGUUCUUCUUGGUUUGUACAGACGUCCGAUGCGAAUUCGUCGACUUGGUGACCAAGCAGCGUCAUGAGCUGACGGGAUCGGGCAGCGUCGGGUCUUGGGACAUGGUCUUUCGCUGCGACGGCCACGUGAUCGCGACAUUCGAGAAGGACGCGACACUGAGUGACAAGUAUUUCCUGCACAUUGCGGCAGGCGUCGACUUGGCGCUCAUUGUUCUUUUGUGCGUUGGCGCGCAAGAGGCAUCAGAGACGAUGUUUUCGUAA